AUGGUUGGCUUUUUGUGUGGGCCGGGUUUUGUUAUCGCCAGAAUUUUAUGUAAACAAAAGAAAAUUGCGAUCAGCUCCAUGAUUAGCUUAACCCUCCUGGUCGUUUUGAUCCCUGCAUGCCUGGGAAAUUCCGACGCAGAGAAGUUACCUAACAUCCUGUUGAUCCUGUCCGACGAUCAAGAUGUGGAGCUACGCGGCAUGUUCCCGAUGGAGCAGACGAUCCAGCUGCUGGGUUUCGAGGGCGCCCUCUUCCACAACGCCUUCACGCCCACGCCCAUUUGCUGUCCGGCGCGGACGAGCCUGUUUACGGGGAUGUAUGCCCACAAUCACGGCACCCGGAAUAAUUCCGUAAAUGGCGGUUGCUACGGAACACAUUGGCGGAGGACCCUCGAACCUCGAGCCCUGCCGAACAUCCUGCAGCAGCAGGGAUACAACACCUUCUUCGGGGGAAAGUACUUGAACCAGUACUGGGGCGCCGAUGUGCCCAAAGGAUGGAAUGAGUUCCAUGGCCUCCAUGGAAACUCACGGUACUACAAUUACACGCUGCGCGAGAAUUCUGCGAAUGUGCACUACGAGUCUACAUAUCUGACCGAUCUGCUAAGCGAUCGUGCUGCAGAUUUCAUAAGGAGUGCAACCACAUCUACAGGGAACGAGGAUCCCAAACCCUUUUUCGCCAUGGUGGCUCCACCGGCAGCCCAUCAGCCAUUUACUCCAGCUCCACGGCACGAGGGCGUGUUCGCCCGCAUAAAGGCCUUGCGCACACCUAGCUUUAAUGAGGUUAAACAGGAUAAGCACUGGUUAGUUCGAGCUGUCCGUCAACUGCCCAACGAAACGAUCGAUACUAUAGACAAGUACUUUCAGAAGCGAUGGGAAUCGCUGCUGGCUGUGGACGAGAUGGUGGCCACCUUGGUGGGCGUGCUAAACGAGACACAUUCCCUGGACAACACCUACAUCGUUUACACCUCGGACAACGGCUAUCAUGUCGGCCAGUUCGCACAGCCCUUCGACAAGCGACAGCCCUACGAAACGGAUAUUGGCAUACCGCUGCUAAUCCGUGGACCGGGAAUCGCACCUGAGAGCCAUAUUGACACUGCCGUCAGCUUGGUGGACUUGGCGCCUACGAUUUUGGCCUGGGCGAAGGUCAACACGCCAAACUACAUGGAUGGACAAUCGUUUCACGAGAUUCUGUUGAACAAAGAGCGGAAGAUUCCGUUCUUCGAACGCUCGCUGCUGAUUGAAUACUGGGGCGAGGGGACAGUCGAAACUUACAAUCCCGAGUGUCCUUGGCCAGCGAAAGAUCGCUUGACACAGUGUACGCCAGAGGCUGAUUGCCAUUGCCAGGAUUCGUGGAAUAACACCUACGCCUGCGUGAGAAAUAUUCGUCACCGGGAGGAUCGCGUUUACUGCGAGUUUAGGGAUAACGAAAACUAUUUGGAAGCCUAUGACCUGCAAUUGGAUCCCUUUCAAAUGACAAACAUUGCGUACGAUCUGCUGCCCAUUGAACGAGCUUUGUAUUCGUUGCGACUAAGGAAUCUCACCCAGUGUUCUGGUCAUUCAUGUUUUCAAUAGUUAUAUACUCAGUUCACUUUGAGUGAAUACUACAAUUAACCUUACCAAACUUGCACUCACAAGUGCUAACCAAACCAAAUUAGUACUCGCUUGGCGUAUCUAGUUUUUUGGAAGUUUCUUUAUUCAAAUAUGUGAUUUAAGUAUCUAUAUACAUAGUCUCAAAUUAUUUACAUUACAGA